AUGGAGGAGGGAUUACGUGAGGAGGGGGAGAUGGAAGAGAGGAAGAUGGAGGAGGGGGAGAUGGAAAAGGAAGGAACUGAGGAGGGGGAGGUAGAAGAGGAAAGUGUGGAGGAGGGGGAGAUGGAGGAGGAACGAGGUGAGGAGGGGGGGAUGGAGGAAGAAGGGGUUGAGGAGGGGGAGAUGAAAGAUGAAGGAGCAGAGGAAGGUGAGAUGGAGGAGGGGGAGAUGGAGGAGGAAGGGGUUGAGGAGGGGGGGAUGGAGGAAGAAGGGGUUGAGGAGGGGGGGAUGGAGGAAGAAGGGGUUGAGGAGGGGGGGAUGGAGGAAGAAGGAGGUGAGGAGGGGGGGAUGGAGGAAGAAGGAGGUGAGGAAGGGGGGAUGGAGGAAGAAGGAGGUGAGGAGCAGGCGGGGGGGGAGGGACAGGCACAAGGAGGAGGGAGGGGAAUAGGGAGGGAAACGUGUGUGGAGUCAGAGAUAGAAGCACGGAGAGCAACAUGUGUAGAAACAGGUGGAGGAGAAGGAGGGGCAGCAGGAGGGGCAGCAGGAGGGGCAGCAGGAGGGGCAGCAGGAGGGGCAGCAGGAGGGGCAGCAGGAGGGGCAGCAGGAGGAGUGCUGCUGGUGGUGGAGCUGGUGGGCGGCCGCAGCACGGCAACGAGGAGCUUCUGUCGCUACCCGCUCAAGAUCAUGCUGCCGUCCAAGGUUGCGGCCUCAGGGGUGGAUGCAGUUUGGGCGUACAUAAUCACCUACGGGGGCGGCAUAGUGGCAGGCGACAAGGUCACGCUCUCCUGUGCGGUGCAGUGCGGUGCCACCGCCGUGUUCGCCUCUCAGGCAUCUACCAAGAUCUUCCAUUCCUUGCCGGGCACCCCACCAGCCCGCCAGCUCAUCACUGCAACCAUCCAGCCUGGCGCCUUGCUGGCGGUGCUCCCCGAGCCAAUCACGUGCUUCCGAGCGUCGCAGUACCAGCAGCUGCAGAGCAUCCAUGUGGCGCCAGGUGGCAGCCUUGUAUUGGUCGACUGGCUGACGAGCGGGCGGCGAGAUCGAGGGGAGGUGUGGGAGAUGGAGUGUUACGAGAGUUGUAACCGGGUCUACCGGAAAGGAGAGGAGAUCCCUCUAGUCUUUGACAAGGUGAAGCUGUCAGCCAAUGCGGUGGUGCCACCUGGACAGCAGCUGGAGGGCAUUCACGUGCUCACCACCAUCAUUAUCCUGGGUCCACGAACAGAGGCUGUAAGGACCCACCUGAAAGAAGCAGUGGCACGGGCAGCAGCUGCAGCGUUCAACCCAAGGAGGAGCAGAAACUAUUCCACUGCUGCUCCUCCUACCCCUUCUGUCGCCUCUGGUUCAUCUGGCCAAAGUGCUUCGAUGGGAGCUGGAGGUGUGGAGAGCACAGUGUGGGGCUCUUCGUCUGACAUGGGACAUGACGAUUUGCUGGUUGUGCGCCUGGCCGCUGGAGAUGCAAGUGCCAUAGACGGACAUUCUUUGAGGAACAUCCCGUCCGACAUGGCCGUCUCUCGCGCUGUGCUCCUACUCCUCGUCCUCGUCCCACUGGCAGUCGCCCAACCCUACCCAAAAUGCCCACUCACGGGAAAACUCCCCAAGCCCGCUAAAGUCAUCCACACCCGCUGCCCAGCAGCCGCGAAGAUGUCGUGCUGCCAGGACUGCUUCGACCUGAACUACGCGAUUCGGGCGUUAGCAACGAAUGUUACCUCUGUCGUCGACGCGAACACGGGCGGCAUGGGAACGCAAUUGGGUGUGCCGGCCGACGUGUGCGGGCUUUUCAAGGGCUCAGAAACGUGCGAAUUGCUGGUCGAGCAGCUCGUGUGCGCUGUCAGCUGCAACCCCGACUCGGGCAACUACUUCAGCAAGGCGACUGGCGCCCCCAUCCUCAACAUCUGCACCGCCUUCGCGCAGCAGGUGUACGACGCCUGCGGCACCCUCUCGUUGGGCGAGCUCAAAGUGGGCGACUUCCUCUUCACGCCCGCAGAUCUGAUUCAGUCUGUGCUCGUCCCCGUUAUUAGCUCCGCCGUUCCCAACUUCAACGCCAGCAUCAAUGACGUGGGCUGCUAUGGCGGGCCCGAGCAGGUUCCCGCCACUCCGCUCUGCUGCGAUCCGCUCAACGUCCCCCGCCAAUGCCCCAAGGGCGCGGUCAACCUCACCGGCUCCGCGGGGAUCGUCGGGCGCAAACCCGCCGCCGCCAUCUGCGCGGACUUCCCCUACUCCGCCACCACCGUCCCGUUCAAGCGCGCGCCCCUCCCCGCUACUGCUGCGCCGGAGCUUCCGCCCGCGGCGACCGGACCUCCCCGCGGAGGACAGCCCAAGCCGACCACGAAUGCUGCCGGCACCCCCGCUACGCCCGCCGCCAAUCCCGGCACACCCAGCGGUCUUCCCGCGACCGCCAUGGCUCCUCCUGGCCCGAAGGGCGCUGCGUCGAAUCUGGUCUCCGCUGCUCUGGUGCUGCUCGCCAGUGCCGUAGCUGCCGCUGUGGCUCUUUAA